UCUCACUUUAUCAGUUGAAAAUAUCACUCGUGUCUUCUUCUCCGUCAAGACCAUGAAGAACCUCUCGACGAUUCUCGUCCUUGCCGUUUUAAUCACGUGCUGCGUUACCCACGUCAGAUCGGACGCCUCCGAUCACCGCUACAAUGAUGGCGACGCCGUCCCUCUCUACGCCAAUAAAGUCGGCCCCUUUCACAACCCCAGCGAAACGUAUCGGUAUUUUGAUCUCCCCUUCUGCUCAGCAGGUGAUGUGAAGGAGAAGAGGGAAGCACUUGGAGAGGUACUGAAUGGAGAUCGUCUUGUUAGCGCUCCUUAUAAACUUGAGUUCAGAAAAGAGAAGGACACUGAAGUUGCUUGUAGAAGGAAGCUGACCAAGGAAGAAGUUGCUCAGUUUCGAACUGCUGUGAAAAAAGACUACUACUUCCAGAUGUAUUAUGAUGACUUGCCCAUCUGGGGCUUUUUGGGAAAGGUUGACAAGGAAGGAAAAACUGACCCAAGUGAAUACAAAUAUUUUCUAUACAAGCAUAUCCAAUUCGAAGUUAUGUACAACAAAGACCGUGUAAUUGAAAUCGGGGCCAAGAUGGAUCCCCAUUCUGUUGUGGACUUGACAGAGGACAAGGAUGUUGAUGCAGAUUUCAUGUACACUGUAAAAUGGAGGGAAACAAAUAUUCCCUUCGAGAAUAGGAUGGAUAAAUAUUCACAGUCCUCUUCACUUCCACAUCACUUGGAAAUUCAUUGGUUCUCAAUCAUAAAUUCAUGUGUCACAGUUCUCCUCUUGACGGGUUUUCUUGCAACGAUUCUUAUGCGGGUCCUGAAGAAUGAUUUCAUGAAGUAUGCACAAGAUGAGGAAGCUGCUGAUGACCAAGAAGAGACUGGAUGGAAGUACAUUCAUGGUGAUGUUUUCCGGUUCCCCAAGCACAAAUCUUUGUUUGCUGCUGCUCAUGGUUCUGGAACCCAGCUGUUCACUCUCACAAUUUUCAUUUUUAUGCUCGCACUAGUUGGUGUAUUUUAUCCAUACAACCGAGGAGCUUUAUUCACUGCACUUGUGGUCAUAUAUGCACUCACUUCUGGCAUUGCGGGAUAUACUGCAACUUCUUUCUAUUGUCAACUUGAAGGAACAAACUGGGUGAGAAAUUUAUUACUUACUGGGUGCCUUUUCUGUGGGCCUCUGUUCCUGACAUUCUGCUUCCUUAACACUGUUGCAAUUGCUUAUAGUGCAACUGCAGCUCUUCCUUUUGGUACUAUUGUGGUAAUUGUCCUUAUUUGGACAUUGGUAACAUCACCAUUGCUUGUCUUGGGUGGCAUUGCUGGGAAAAACAGCAAGGCUGAGUUCCAAGCUCCUUGCCGCACCACAAAGUAUCCUCGAGAAAUUCCCCCUCUUCCAUGGUACAGAACGACCAUUCCUCAGAUGGCAAUGGCAGGGUUUCUCCCUUUCAGUGCAAUAUAUAUUGAACUUUACUACAUAUUUGCCAGUGUCUGGGGUCACAGGAUUUACACCAUCUACAGCAUUCUGUUUAUUGUUUUUAUUAUUCUUUUGAUUGUCACUGCCUUUAUAACUGUGGCUUUGACCUAUUUCCAACUUGCUGCUGAAGAUCAUGAGUGGUGGUGGAGGUCUUUUCUAUGUGGUGGAUCUACUGGCCUCUUCAUCUAUGGCUACUGCUUGUAUUAUUACUAUGCUCGAUCGGAUAUGUCUGGUUUUAUGCAAACCUCGUUCUUCUUUGGUUACAUGGCUUGCAUUUGCUAUGGCUUCUUUCUCAUGCUUGGUACCGUAGGCUUUCGUGCCGCCCUGCUGUUUGUUCGUCACAUUUAUAAGUCUAUCAAGUGUGAAUAGGGGGGUUGUUUCUUCCUCUUUUUAUUCUAUUUUUUUUAAAUGAUAGGAAAAAGUCUAUGAAUUUUGUUAGAAGGUAGGCGAGAGUGCCUUCAGAAGCGGAAGCAGAGGAAGCAAGCUUUUCGAAGUAAAAGCGCUUGGAGACUUGUCUUUUGCUUUUGCUUCAGGCAUGGGGAACAUGUGGGCAUUGUUGGGGUUUCCUUUAACUAUUUUCACUAUAUGUAUCUAUGGACGCGUUAAUAUAGGGAGCAGCCUUGUAUGUCCACGUUUUACUUGCUCUCUGAAAUGACUUUUUCCAUGUUACUCGUUCGUGAGUUUGGUAGCCUUAUCUAAAACUAUCUUCAUCUCUUA